AUGGCGGGGGAGGCGGCGGCGCUGCUGGCGGCGGCGCGGGCGGAGCUGCGGGCGCGGCGGCUCUCGGCGGCCGAGGAGCUCUUCAGCCGCUUCAUCGCCCGCAGCCCCGCGGGUGCCAGCAGCGACCUCGCCACGGCGCUCAACGACCGCGGGCAGGUGCGGUACCUGCGAGUGGAGUUCGCCGCCGCCGUGCGGGACUUCACGGCCGCCAUCGAGUGCCAGCCCGGCUUCGAGGUGCCCUACUACAACCGCGGGCUGGUGCGCUACCGGCUGGGAGACUUUGAUGAGGCCAUGAAAGAUUUCAGGAAAGUAUUAGAGUUAAACCCCCAAUUUGAAGAUGCUGCAUUGAGUCUAAAACAGGCUAUGCUUGAUAAAGAAGAAAAAGAGAAGCGGGGUUAUUGAAAAUUCAGGUUGUGAUGUGAUGUGGAAAUAUUUCACUAAAUGUGUGAUUUUUGUCAUUGAUGGGUGAAACACAAGAUCAUUUACAUCUCUUAGGUCCUGCUGAAGAACUUCAUUCUUAGGUAAAUAAGUUAAAAAUUGAUUAUGAUUGCAAAAUAACCCGGAUUUGGGAUUUUUAUUCUUGAGGGAAGGUGUAAUGUUGAUCUCUGUGAGACACAUGUACAGAUUUUGUACAGAAAUGCUUUGUAAUUCUAUUAUAAAUGUACUGGCCAGAUUAAUUGAAAAUAAAAAUGAACAUGUACUUUUUAUCUAA